AAACCCUUAUGAAAUGUUGACUUUUUUUCACGAUACUGACUUAAAAUUUUGUUUGCCAGAAGUCUUUAAAUUAUUAUGUCUUUUUGUUGCUGUUUUGCCAGCGACAACACCUUCUACAAAAACAAGUUUCUCCGCGUUAAAAAGAAUUAAAAAAUAUAUCAGAAAUACCACUGGCCAGGCGCGAUUGAGUAAUAUCGCAAAAAUUUCAAUUGAAAAAGAAUUUAUAAAAUCACAAGAUGAGAACAUUUUCAUGGACGAAGUUAUAGAUCAUUUUGCUGAACAGAAGAAUCGCAGAAUUCCCUUGGUCUAUAAAUAAUUCUAAUUUUCAAAACUCACGUUUUCAAUUUUGAAUUAAUAUUUUUUCACAAUAUAUCCUAUACUAUACGUUUUUUAUUCUGUUAAUUUAGAGUUUAUUUUGCUGAAAUCUACGCUACAUACCUAUGUGACACUUCCUUUGACAUAUUACAUAUGACAUAAAAGUCAGGGUGAAAUUUGUUUUGUUUUGAACUGUUGUGAUCUGUUUAUUUAAAUUGUUCAUUAAAAGCAUAAGAGAACAGUAAAGUUCAAGUUGGUUCAGUGCAGAGCUUUUUAAACCAUAUUACCUUCUAAUAACGUACAUUUGAAUUGAAUUCAUGAAUUUAUCUGACGAUGACAUAUACUUUUCAUCAAACGUAUUGUGAUUUUCGUAAGAAUGUCUUUUCAUCAGCAAUAUUCAGCUGAUAUAUUGCACUUGAACGUUGGUGGUAAAAGAUUUUCGACAUCUCGACAAACACUGACAUCAAUUCCAGAUACAUUUUUUACUGCUUUGUUGAGUGGCAGAAUAUCUAUUCUCAGAGAUGAAAAAGGAUGUAUUUUCAUCGACAGAGAUCCAAAAAUAUUCUCCCUCAUAUUGAAUUAUUUGAGAACAAGGGAGAUAGAAUUGAAUGGAGUCAAUCUAAGGAUCCUUCGACACGAAGCUGAGUAUUAUAAUAUAGCUCCUUUGGUAAAACGACUAACACUAUGUGAGGAAUUAACCCAGUCUACAUGUGGAGACGUUCUGUUUUAUGGAUAUUUGCCCCCUCCUGUGAUUCCAAUACAAGAUCCACCAAAAAUAAACCAUGUAGAAGUGACUGUUCACAAUCCAAAACCUGGGCACUUAGUCAAAUUACCUGAACCUCAUACAAACACCUCUAACAAUCCAGACCAGUUACACCCUGUAGAGAAUCAACCGUCUUCUGCCUCUACAUCAAAUCAAGUACAGCCCCAAGCAACUACAUCUUCUGGAAAUGGCCAGACCAGAGGUCACUCCAGGAAUUCCUCUAUAGAAAUCAGAAUGGGAGUAGCAAAUAGCUACAGCCGAAGUUCACAAGACCUUCGAGGUUUGACUAGCAGGUCCCAUUCUAGAACAGCAUCUCUCGACCUGAGGCAUGCUAGAAACUCCUCUGCAGAUCUAAAUAAACUCAUCAGAAACGAUGUGGGCUUAGUUUUUGGCACAGCAAAUUCCAAUUGGAACGAUCCUUUGAGGGUUCAGAUCAUCAAGGCGCACCAGAACUGGAUUGUUGUGGCUUAUGCCAGGUUCUUUGUGUGUUACAGAUUGAAGGACUCUAGUGGUUGGCAGCAGGUUUUCACCAGUCCGUACAUAGAUAGUACCAUCGAACGUAUUGCCAUCAACGCAAAAAUGGGGUGCGGUGAAACAAUCAAAAUGGUUGCUAUAUCGUAUGGGACGCAGAUUCGGCUCUGGGGUAUAUCGGAUAACGGUGAUAAGACCAACAUCGGCAUUUUCAAUCUUCAUGUGAGGGUGGAAUACCUGUUCUUCAUUGGUAGCCAGUUGGUGGCGCUCUCUUCAUCUGGUAAAUUGGGAGUUUGGCACGCCAUGACUCAGCAUUGGCAGACGCAGGAUGUCAUGUCCAUCUCCUCGUUCGAUACGGCUGGAUCUAUUCUGCUUCUGGGCUGUAAUAAUGGGUGCAUCUAUUACAUCGAUAUGCAAAAAUUCCCAUUGAGAAUGAAAGAUAAUGAUCUUCUGGUUACUGAGCUUUAUAGAGACCCUAAUUACGAUGCAGUAACUGCAAUAUCCGUGUACCUCACCCCAAAAACCAAUUUGUGUGGCAACUGGAUCGAGAUUGCCUAUGGUACGACAUCUGGUUCAGUUAGAGUUAUUGUACAGCAUCCAGAAACUGUGAGUCAUGGACCACAACUCUUCCAAACCUUUACAGUGCACCAAAGUCCUGUUAGUAAGGUAACCCUAUCUGAAAAAUAUCUAGUAUCGGUAUGCUGCGAAUACAACCAUGUCAGAAGUUGGACCGUUACCCGGUUUAGGGGUAUGCUCUCCACCCAACCGGGUUCUACUCCAGAGGCUUCUUUCAAGAUAAUCUCUUUGGAAGCGAUGGAGCCCUAUCUGAGUCAAUCGAUUUAUAACGAAUGUGGGCCUUUUGGAGAACAGGACGAUGUUCAGGUCUUUAUACAGAAGGUGGUGCCAGAUUCUGAUCAGCUCUUUGUGAGAUUAGCUAGUAAUGGAAAAAGAGUUUGUACGAUAAAGGCAGUAGAUGGCAGCACAGUCAGCGCUUUUUGUGUGCACGAAUGUGAAGGUUCUAGUAGAAUGGGAUCCAGACCUAGACGAUUCAUAUUUACCGGACACUCUAACGGUUCUAUACAAAUGUGGGACUUGACCACAGCCUUGGAUCUCUCCUACAAAUCCGACACAGUUCAAAAAUCCAACGGUGGACCUACUUCUGAAGAAUUGUUAAACAUGUUGGGUCAGUGCGAUCUCAGCAACAGCCUGUGUUCGACUCCUUGUAUGUCUCCAUCGCCUUCUUUGAUGGCAGCAGCGCGGCUGAAGGCUAGCAACGUGGCUUUUUUAAACCAAGUUCAGGAUGCAGAGCGACCCUGAGCAUUGUCGGAUUUCUCUUUCGAAGACUGCUUGCAAUUUCAGCUUUGUUAUUGUAAUUUUCUAAGUUCCUCUUUACACAUGAAGUAUUGAAAAUAUAUUUAAAACCUUU